UCGACGUGCUACGUUUCUCGGCUAACGGAAUGGUUCUAGCAAAGCAAGGAGAGCGGUUAUUGGAGGAACGGUGAGCUCGCGACAGCCGCACACGUGUGCGGACAGGAAGAUUUGUGAUACUCGCCAGACGUCGAUUUGUCGCCGCAUCCCUGUUUUGAUGGACCUUGUUCUUCCUGGAGGACCAGGAAUCCCUGCCGCCCUCGUCCCGGAUCGCCUUUUCCCACCCAUUCAAGAUUCGCUUCACUUUGUGGCAAUCAACCUAUUCUAAUUGCAAGUAGUGAGAAAGGAUAUUAAAAUCUGCAAUAUAUGCAAAUACAUGAACUUCAAAUAAGAUUUUGGAGGCUGCACAUACAGUGGAAAAGGAUGGCAGUUUGUUUGCCUUAUUUUGACCCUGAAUAUGAGAAUCUGAAUGAAGAGAUAUAUGGACCAAGGGUGUCUGUGGACAAUGACUCUUGUGAAAAAUGCACAGUGGUGAAGGUUGAUAGUGUCAACAUACAGGGAUUGUUACUUAAAGCGGUGCAAAUUAUAACAGACUUGGAUCUCGUUAUCACCAAGAGCUAUAUAUCUUCUGAUGCAGGAUGGCUUAUGGAUGUCUUCCAUGUCAAAGAUCAGUCGGGAAACAAAGUAAAUGAUAGAAAGAUUCUCAAAAGCAUACAACAGGCCCUUGGUCAAAAGCAAGAGAAUAACAAUCCAGGAGAAGCCGAGAAGCUUGAUACUUAUGCGAGUGGUAGUGAGGCUUCCAUUGAGUGUACAGCCAUAGAGAUGAUUGGCAACAAUCGACCAGGACUGUUCUCUGAGAUCUCAGCUGCCCUUUCCGAGCAAAGAUGCCAUGUAGUCGAAGCUCAUGCGUGGAGCAACAAUGACUGCCUUGCAUGUGUAGCCUACAUCUCUGAUGAAUUCACUUCGACAAGCAUAGACGACCCAAAUAGGCUAUCCACUAUCGAAGACCGUCUCUCCAACAUUCUAGGGGACUCAAUUGAUGGCCAUGAUAGUACAAGGGUCAGAACAUGUUCUCUUGGAUGUGAUAACCUGAUGGGUCAUACUGAGCGCAGAUUGCACCAACUCAUGUUUCAAAAACGAGACUUCGACUGCCCUCGCAAUCCCGUGAACCUGUCCUCAUUGCCUGUGAACAUGGACGAUUAUCAAAAUAGAAGAAAAGCAUUCGUUUCAAUCGAUCGAUGUAAAGAAAAAGGUUAUACUGUUGUGAAUGUCGAGUGCUUGGAUCGGCCAAAGCUCAUGUUUGAUACUGUCUGCACACUAAUAGAUAUGCAGUAUGUUGUUUUCCAUGCCAGUAUUUCUUCUUGUGGGAACUAUGCUCGUCAGGAAUAUUUUAUUAGGAACAAGGAUGGAAGCUCAUUGAUCAGUGAACUCGAGGUGCAACGAGUUGCUAAAUGCUUGGAGGCUGCUAUUGAGCGCCGAGUUUGUCAGGGGAUUCGCAUAGAGAUCGACUUGCAAAACAAUGUGGGAGUUCUUCCUUAUCUCACUCGGUGCCUCCGCGAGCACGGCUUAAAUGUGACCCACGCAGACAUUGCUGCGGACAUUGCCACUCAUGGAGUGAAGACCAAGAGUAAGCUCUACAUCGAGGACAUCUCCGGGAAGAAAGUUGACAUGGGGGUUAUGGAGCUGAUGCAGAAGGAGAUGGAGCCAUUGGCGUUUCAAGUGAAGAACGAUAUGCCGCCACAAACAUGUACCUCAACCGAGGGCGAUCGGUCGCCGAUUGUUAGUUUGAUUAUGUCCAAUCUGGAGAGGUUUUCUCAUAGCUUUAUCUAAAUUUAGUGUGGAGAUGGAAAAGUGAUACUUUGCACUCCAAUGCUGCUCCUUGUAAAUGCUUUGCAGAUAUGUACAUAUAUGUGAAUAUCCUGUAAAUAGAUUGCAAGGAAUAAAAUGAACGUGUUUUUUCAUUUUAAAA